CAAAGUUGACAACCCUUGAUCGUCUUCUUCUUCUUCCAGAAGACACUAUUUAGUUGCAGUGAACACCGAUCGUGUGAGUAACUGUUUCAGAGAGAGAGAGAGAGAAUCAAAUCAAAAUGAGACCUCAAUUUGUACUAUUUGGAGAUUCAAUAACAGAGCUAUCCUUCAAGUCUGGCGGAUGGGGUGCUUCUCUCACUGACACUUACUCUCGCAAGGCAGAUAUACUGGUUCGAGGAUACGAUGGAUACACUUCUCGCUGGGCUCUCUUCUUGCUGCAUCAUAUUUUCCCUCUGACUUCAAGCACCCCUCCUGUUGCUACUACAGUCUUUUUUGGGGCUAAUGAUGCAGCACUUACAGGUAGAUAUAGUGAACGCCAACAUGUUCCCCUUGACGAAUACAAAGAAAAUUUGCGAAAAAUCGUUCGUCAUUUGAAGGAAUGCUCCCCGACGAUGCUUAUUGUCCUUAUAACUCCCCCACCGAUUGACGAGGAAUGGCAACAACAAUAUGCAGCAUCCCCACAUGGAGAAAAAGCAAUGAAACUUCCGGAAAGAACAAAUGAAGUCACUGGAAUUUAUGCAAACGGGUGUGUCGAGGUAGCAAAGGAAUUCGGUGUUUCUUCAGUCAACUUAUGGUCAAAGAUGCAAGAAAUACAAGGCUGGCAGAAAAAGUUUCUUAGUGACGGAUUGCACCUAACACCAGAGGGGAACAGGGUCGUUUAUGAAGAAGUUGUAAAAGUACUGAGUGGAGCUUGGCUUUCGGCCCCUGAAAUGCCUGCUGAUUUCCCUCAUCACUUAGAAAUUGAUCCUGAAAACCCUGCAAAGGUUUUCCAGGAAAGAUGCUUGUUGUGAUUUGUAAAAGAUAGAAAAGAAAGACUCUUUGUUUUAGUCUCCCUUUCCCUUUUCUCUCCUGUAACAUUUUCCAUCGUGAUGUAUUUCAAUGACAUGCAUACGGUUUUGUGAACAUGGAUAUGUAGAGUUAAAACAAUCUUGUAUUGUA